UAUCACAUUCUUCUUCCUUCUCUCUCCAAUUUGUUUCUCCUCUGGCUGUCACUGCUGGUUUCCCUUCUCCUCCAGAAUCUGAUUCACUUCUUCUCUUUGACUGCUCCAUCAAAAGAAGACAUAAAAACCCCAUUUCGCCAUUCAUGCAACAUUGCAGGGAACUAUGCUCAUCUAGGCCUUACGAGUUUAGUUGUUAUGGACGUUCAUAAAAUUGACAGGGGGUUUCAUCCUAAGCAUUUGAACUGCUCAAAUUGCAUGUGGGUCCAUAAGAGUUCUUCCGAUGUCGGAAACUACGGAGGAUAAAAGCUGGGUACGAGGAUUUCCUUGGACAUUUCAGAUCAUGUUCCAGAUCUAUGUAAGGAGUGUGAGAAGCCUCAUGGGAACUGCGGAGCAGGAUUGAAGUGUUUCUGCCACGCCAAAGAAUGCAAAGACGAGAUCCUAUCCUCCGGUGGGUGCAUAAGCUCCAUCGGUAACGUCUUCUUUUCUCCGCUUUCAAUCAUCAAUAUGCUAGUUCUUGUAAUGGAAAUAUAAGCGAGUGUAUCAGAAGAUUGAGUUUUUAGAAGGUCCGAGAGUCCUUAAUGAUGAAAUUAGAAAUUUU